AUCAUUCUCCUGCAGGAGCAGCGCAAACUAAACACACUGCAAUUCUCUCAUCUCCUUUUUUAAAAGGGAACUGAGAGAGCCAGGUCUGACCAUGAGGAGCAGACUUUCAAAAUAAGCUGGAGCAUGAUUUGUCUUUGUCAAGCAUCGUCAGGAGACAAUAGCAUUAUUCUGCCAAUGGAAAUGUGGGGUUCGUCCUCGGCGAUCAUUUUGAACCUAUAAAUAUUAUUAAUUCAUUGAUAACAGUAAUCAAAAGCUUCGGAAAUAAUUGCUACUUUGACGGGCGCGCGCAGAAAGAGGUGGUGGCGGUGAGCAGCCUUCAUCAUUAUGGAAGAAAAUGCUCGUCCAGACCCAGAGCGCCCUGAAGACUCCAGCCGAGGUCAGGAGUCCAACGGGGCCCUGCUGCCUCUCCUCCAGCCACCUGGCAACCAGCAGUCCCACCGGAUCACCAACUUUUACAUUGACAACAUUUUAAGACCGGGUUUCGGCCGAAAUAGGAAGGAUGGGACCUCGGUCCAGAAGGAAGGCACUCUGGCAGGACCCAUACGAAGAGAGGAGCUGAAGGAGAAAAGGGCUUUCAAAACUGGCAACCCGCAUCAGGAUGGAGCGGGAGCCGAGACCAAGGAGGACAAGCGAGCAUCUGACGGACAGCCUUCGGAGUCUGGGGACAGGAGUUCCGCAGCUGAAGGCCGGGAGAGCGGCGGGGACGGCGCGGCCCGCACUGCUAAACCGAUGCUGUGGCCAGCCUGGGUUUAUUGUACCCGCUACUCAGACCGUCCAUCGUCAGGGCCCAGAUGCCGCAAACCGAAGAAGACGCCGACCCCCAGUAAAGAGGACAAGCGGCCCCGCACAGCCUUCACCGCGGAGCAGCUCCAUCGCUUAGAAAUUGAGUUUCAGAACAACCGGUACCUCACCGAACCGCGGAGGCAGAGUCUGGCCCGGAACCUAGGCCUCAACGAAUCCCAAAUCAAAAUCUGGUUUCAGAACAAAAGGGCCAAAAUCAAGAAAGCGGCCGGAAAUAAAAACUCUCUCGCGCUGCAUCUCAUGGCACAAGGGCUUUACAACCACGCAACGGCCAAGGACGAGCAGUCUGACAGUGACUGAAGACGACGCGAGAGCGCAGUGGAAACGCUCGGAAACAUGCAGUAAACCACUUUAACACCAGCAUUUAUUUUUAAAACCCGACCUGAGACUUAUGUUCUGCCUCAAAGUGUGUGUGUGUGUGUGUGUGUGUGCGUGCGUGCGUGCGUGCGUGCGUCUGUGUGUGUGUGUGUGUGUGUGCGUGUGUGUUACGUAGCCUAACACAAAGUGUGUAAGCUUCUGGGAUCAAAAAUGACUUUUAACCCAUACUGUUGCCCAGGCAACGUGUCAUGUUUACGAUACACUAUUCAGUGAUGUGGCUCUGACAGUGAGUGCAUGAGAGGGUGACAGAGCAGUUCAUAACAUUAACAUACAACUGAGCCUUGACUGUCAAUAAAAAAACAAAUACACACACACACACACACACACACACCAUUUUAAAUGGAUAUUUUAUUACAGUCAUACACAUACACAAGGAACUCUUUUAUUUUGUGAAGGUCCUGGUGACAUGGGAAAAGAAUAAGACUCCAUAUGCAAAUGAAAUUUACUCUAUGGAUUUAUAUUGAAUUCCCAUAUAUGAGAUAUAUGUAGUUAUGAGGUAAAAACUUACAUGAAUAUGACACAGAUGUAUAAAACAUGCAAACAUUUUUACUGUGUAUUUCAUGUACGUGUUAAACCUCUAUCUUCGUAUAUAUCCAGAGCAGAUGAUCAUAUAUCCGCAUAUAGGUGACACAUAUGGCAAAAUCCCAUGUAUGUCAUGCAGUAUAUUACAUUUCUUUAUGGGGGAGAUGCAUUCAGAUCAAAUAACCGACGUAAACCUCCUCCUUCUUCGAUGAAAAGUCAGUCAACAACGUCCAGUAGGAGGUGAGAUGACGAGAGAACGCGUGACAGCUCAUUGUCGGCUGAUGUCAAGAAUAUGCAGAAGACGACUCUGUGCCGCUCUCUUACGUCCUGGCGUGGGCUCUCAUGUGCUCCUGUGUGCUGUCUGCAGAGAAUGUUGACUGUUGCCCACAUUUGCAUUCACAUACUGUAGCUGCCACCACAGCACACUGCGACCAGUGAAUUUGGGCUAUACAUCUGACAUUGACUUGAUAUGAAAGAACUUUGUGUAACGUUUCACUGUUGAACUGGACUCAUAAUUGAGUUUGAGUUUAAUAUUAACACGUUAAAACUGGAGCCUAAAGCCCUUUAUUAAACGAUUCCCAUGAUUUCCCAAAAGUCAGGCCUUCAACAUCCAGCACAUGACAGAGCUGCUGCUGCAUGUCGCUCAGCGCCUCAGACAAGAGACAAUUCAUAUUCAUAAAAUCAUCAAAAUCUAUCGCCAUGGGCCGUGUUUUCUGUUUGACUGCAUCGCGUCUAAUUCUCUGAUCCAAACCAAAUCCUGGUCGUAAGAUGCUCUGAAUGUGAGCCAGUACAUGGUUUUCUUGAAUUCAGUUCCAGAACUGAACAAACUCCUGCCUUAAAACUGACGUCAGUACGAGCUCAGUAUGAACACAGAGACAGUGUGUGAGUGUGGCUGCAUUCUCAUAUUAGCAAUUUAAAAAUGAAGAUUAGUUUACACGUUUAGUUGUAUUAGCUUUUCUUACUGAAGUUCUCUUUUAUAUCCUACAUGUAAAUAAUUUAUAUCAUAAUUGUGUGAUGGCAAAUAAACAACAGCAAUGCAAAUAUAGCUUCUUUUUCAAGAAAAAAAGACUGUUUAUUUUAUUACAGAAACUGAAAGAAAAGAUGGGACUGAAACUGUUGUAUUUUGCUGAUUUGAAGAGUUUGAUAUAGAAAAUCUGCCUCAUCUCUGCCAAGACUAUAUCAUUAUGAGUAUUAAUUAUUAUUAUUAUUAUUUAUCUUAUUUGAUUACUCAUUAAACACACACGGCACAGGAGAAACAACGUUAGUCCGCCUGUUGAUCAUGUUGUCAUCAUUUUAAUGUAACUUUAUAGGGUUGUUUGAGUUGGAGGAUACGUUGUUACAGUCACACAAUCAAUAAUUGUUCAAAUCUACAUUUAAUUCAUUUUUUUUUAUACAAUUGUGUUAGUCCAAAAACACACGUUUGUAAUGCCAUGCAGGUGUUCCAAAUAUGAAUUAAAAACAAGUUUCUCUUACAAAUGUAUUCAUUUAUUGAAAACUGCUGGGAUCUUUGAAACAACAUGAAUUCUCUUUGACAUUUUGACCUUUAAACAACAACAACAACAACAACAAUAAUAUGAUUGUAUGAUACAGUGUU